CUCUACAUGUAUGGCUAAUGGCUCAAAACUAUUAACACCUGUUCACGCAACCAACUCAACCAUAACCCCCCUGAUUAUACACUUUCCCCCCUUUCCUUGUCUCUUCCUCUUCCUCUUUCACUUUUUCUUUCGAAUAAAAAAACCUCUCACAAAAGAAUCAAUUAAUCCAAAGUUCAGAUUUUUAGCUUUAUUUUUGGGUUAUUCUCAUUAAUUCCGGAUUGGAUUUUUGUUAUUGAGCUGAAAUGAUUUAGAUUUUUUAUCAAUAUCCCCAAUUUGGAGAUUUCUAAAGAAAAAAAUAUUUCAUUUAUUUGUUGUUGUUGUUGAAGUUAAUCUGAUUUUUUAGGGUUAGGGUUAGUGAUUAAAUGCUAUUUUGAAGAGGGGUUUUUGUAGUAGUAGUGUUGUGCAUAUGGAAAUCUAUUGAAAAAAAAAAUCAAGUUUUUGUUUUGAUUGGGUGAUGAAAUUCUGCAUGUGUAAAUGGCAAGGAUUAAUACUCACCACAACCAGGUUGUUUCAAUCUCUAACACUUACAAAAUCAUCAUACUCAUUAUCAACUUUACAUUUUAUUCACAAGUUGAUGGUUCAAAAGACGAUUUUUCGAUUACUAAUUUCGAUUCGUUUGUUCAUGAUUAUGCACCACCAACACCUCCAUUACCACCACCAACACCACUUCCUCCGUCAUUAUCAUGUGAGGAAGAUUUAAAAGGAGUUGGUUCAUUAAACACUACAUGUCAACUUAAUACUAAUUUACAGUUUCAGAAUGAUGUAAAUAUAGAAGGGACAGGGAAUUUGGAAAUCCUUCCCGGUGUUUCGAUUAGUUGUCUAACAAAUGGAUGCAGAAUUUAUAUCAAUGUGUCUAGGGAAUUUAGUUUAGGUCAAAAUUCGUUGAUUAUGGCUGGAACGUUUGUUCUCAGUGCAGCAAAUGCAAAUAUAUGUAAUGGGUCAUUGAUAAACACAGUGGGUUUAGCGGGAAAACCACCUCCACAAACUAGUGGUACACCACAGGGACUUGCAGGUGCAGGUGGUGGUCAUGGUGGAAGAGGUGCUUCAUGUUUAACUGAUACGACCAAAAUUCAAGAGGAUGUCUGGGGAGGUGAUACUUAUGGUUGGUCUGCAUUAGAUAAACCGUGGAGUUAUGGUAGUAAAGGUGGGACAACUAGCAGAGAGACGGAUUUUGGUGGUGAUGGCGGUGGGCGGAUUGAAAUUGUGGUAAAAGAGUUUCUUGAGGUUAAUGGGAGUAUUUUAGCUAAAGGAGGUGAUGGUGGUCAUCAAGGCGGAGGAGGAUCCGGAGGCAGCAUUAAGAUUCUGGCUCAUAAAAUGAUGGGAAAUGGCAGGAUAAGUGCCUCUGGGGGUAAUGGUUUGGCUGGAGGCGGUGGUGGCAGGGUUGCUGUUAAUGUUUACAGCAGACACAAUGAGCCAGAAAUAUUGGUCCAUGGAGGAAGAAGCUAUGGUUGCCCAGAAAAUUCUGGUGCUGCUGGUACACUCUAUGAUGCUGUUCUCCAAAGCCUUUUUAUUUGCAAUCACAACAUGUCAACUCAAACGGAUACACUUCUUCUCGAGUUCCCUAAUCAGCCACGUUGGAGAAAUGUCUAUGUUCAUGACCAUGCUAGGGCUGCUGUUCCUUUGCUUUGGAGUCGUGUUCAGAUCCGUGGGCAGCUUAGUAUAUUACGAGGUGGAGUGUUGGUCUUUGGAUUAGCGCAUUAUUCAUAUUCGGAGUUUGAACUCGUGGCAGAUGAACUUCUGAUGAGUAACUCUAAGAUCGAGGUUUUUGGUGCUCUGCGCAUGUCUGUAAAAGUGCUCCUGAUGUGGAAGUCAGAAAUGCUCAUUGAUGGUGGUGGAGAUGCGGCGGUUGCAACAUCAAUGCUCGAAGCUAGCAACUUGCUUGUUCUCAGGAACUCAUCUGUGAUACACUCCAAUGCAAAUCUGGGAGUUCAUGGGCAAGGUUUACUAAAUUUAACUGGACCUGGAGAUCUGAUUGAAGCACAGCGUCUUAUUAUCUCUCUGUUUUAUAGCAUCAAUCUUGGGCCAGGAUCUGUUUUACAGGGGCCUUUAGAGAAUGCAACUGCUAAUGACAUCACACCAAGACUCUAUUGUGGAAGCCAAGAUUGCCCAGUAGAAUUACUUCAUCCACCCGAAGAUUGCAAUGUGAACUCUUCAUUGCCAUUCACUCUUCAGAUCUGCCGCGUUGAAGACUUGUCUGUUGAAGGCCUCGUAAAAGGAAGUGUUAUUCAUGUUCACUGGGUGAGAGCUGUAGUUGUCCAACCUUCCGGAGCAAUAAGUGCAUCUGGAAUGGGUUGCACAGGAGGUGUGGGUCGAGGAGAUGUUUUGAGCAACGGAGUUAGUGGUGGUGGUGGUCAUGGUGGUAAAGGCGGGGAUGGAUAUUCUGAUGGUACUUUUGCUACCGGCGGUGUUGCUUAUGGAAAUGCUGAUUUGCCUUGUGAACUUGGUAGUGGAAGUGGGAAUGCUAGCCUCAAUGGCACCACUAGUGGCGGUGGUAUCAUUGUUAUGGGCUCAUUGUCGCAUUCAUUGUCAAGUUUGUCUGUUUAUGGCUCGCUGAGAGCUGAUGGAGAAAGUUCUGGCCAAAAUAACCGAAACCAAGAUUAUGGGAAUGUAAGCUGUUCAAAUAGAGGUCUCGGAGGUGGUUCUGGCGGAACUGUUUUAUUGUUUUUGCAUACACUCGCACUCAAUGAUGAUGCCGUACUUUCGAGUGUUGGGGGACAUGGUAGUUGUGAUGGUGGUGGGGGUGGAGGUGGUGGAAGGGUUCAUUUUCAUUGGUCUGACAUUCCCGCUGGAGAUGAAUAUCAGCCGCUAGCAAGUAUCAGUGGAAGAAUUCAAACUAAUGGAGGAUCGGGUAGAGAUAAUGGUCUUGAUGGGGAAAGUGGGACUGUAACAGGAAAAGCUUGUCCAAAAGGGCUCUUCGGGUCUUUUUGUGAGGCAUGCCCCACUGGCACCUAUAAGAAUGUCAGCGGAUCUGAUAAAUCCCUUUGUCGUCAAUGCCCUCCUUUUGAGCUUCCACAUCGUGCCCUAUACAUAACUGUGCGAGGUGGUGUUGCUGAAACUCCUUGUCCUUACAAAUGUGUUUCUGAUAGAUAUCAUAUGCCAAAUUGUUAUACAUCUGUUGAAGAAUUGAUAUAUACUUUUGGAGGGCCAUGGUUAUUUGGUCUUCUUCUCAUGGGUCUCCUCAUUCUGCUAGCUCUAGUGCUUAGUGUUGCACGUUUGAAAUUCUUUGGCGCUGAUGAACUACCUGGCCCAGCUCCCACUCAACAUGGCUCCCAAAUAGACCAUUCUUUCCCUUUUCUCGAGUCUCUGAAUGAGGUUCUGGAAACUAAUAGAGCUGAAGAGUCUCAGAGCCAUGUCCAUAGAAUUUACUUCAUGGGGCCUAAUACAUUUGGUGAACCAUGGCAUCUCCCUCAUUCCCCCCCUGAACAAAUAAAAGAUAUCGUAUAUGAGGAUGCAUUCAAUCGAUUUGUCGAUGAAAUCAAUGCGUUGGCUUCUUAUCAAUGGUGGGAAGGAUCUGUCCAUAGUAUACUCUCUGUUCUUGCUUAUCCACUGGCAUGGACAUGGCAAGAGUGGUGCCGUAAAAAGAAAUUUCAGUUAUUGCGUGAAUUUGUUCGAUCAGAAUAUGACCAUUCUUGCUUGCGUUCAUGUCGGUCACGUGCUCUCUAUGAAGGACUUAAGAUGGCUGCAACUUCUGAUUUAAUUCUAGCAUAUGUGGAUUUCUUUCUCGGUGGCGAUGAAAAGAGGUCUGAUCUUCCUCCUCGUCUCCAGGAAAGGUUUCCCAUGUGUUUAGCUUUUGGAGGGGAUGGAAGUUACAUGUCUCCAUUUUCACUUCAUAGUGAUAAUGUUCUCACUAGCCUUAUGAGUCAGGUGGUCCCACCAACCAUUUGGUAUCGACUCAUUGCUGGAUUGAAUGCACAUUUGAGACUAGUUCGCCGUGGAAACCUAAGAGUGUCAUUUGUGCCUAUUCUCAGUUGGAUCGAGAAUUAUGCAAAUCCUGCUCUGACCAUUCGUGGUCUACGUGUUGAUCUUGCCUGGUUUCAAGUAACAGCGUGUGGAUAUUGCCAGUAUGGACUUGUGGUAUAUGCUGUUGAAGAAGAAUUGGAUCCUCCUCCAUCUGUUGAAAGUGUCUAUACAGCCUCAAGAAAUGAUCUAACAUCGCGUGUUCACCUUAUUCAAAGAGACAAUUCACUAAACCAUUUGAGAAGCAGCAAACAUAUUUCAAUUGGUGAAAGGAUAUCUGGAGGAAUUUUGGAUACGUUAAGUUUAAGAAUGAUUGAAGAUAAGAAAGAUAUAUUCUAUCCAUUAUCUUUGAUACUUCAUAACACCAAACCUGUUCGUCACCAGGAUCUUGUUGGUUUGGUGAUCUCGAUACUACUGUUAGCAGAUUUUAGCUUAGUGUUGCUGACUUUGCUCCAGUUAUAUUCUAUUUCAUUCCUGGACUUGUUCCUAGUUUUAUCUAUUCUUCCUGUUGGUAUACUAUUCCCAUUCCCGGCUGGAAUCAAUGCUCUAUUUAGCCAUGGACCUAGGAAGUCAGCUGGUCAUGCACGUGUAUAUGCUUUGUGGAACAUUACAUCGUUGAUCAAUGUUAUGGUGGCUUUCUUUUGUGGAUAUAUCCAUUACAAGAACCAAUCAACAUCUAGUCAUCCAGACUUCCAGCCCUGGAAUUUCAACAUGGAUGAAAGUGGAUGGUGGAUGUUUCCAACUGGACUUAUACUGUGUAAAUGUGUUCAGGCACGAUUAAUCAAUUGGCACGUCGCUAACUUAGAAAUUCAAGACCGCUCAUUGUAUAGUAAUGACCCAACUCUCUUUUGGCGUUCAUGACGACAUACUACUGCACGUUCAUCAAUCAGAGAUAUGCUCUGCUCGAUUUGCUCACUAAUUUUUGGCUUUCUUUCUUUGUUGUUGUUGUACCUCCCCAAAAAGUCUUUGAGCGAGAGAGGGGUUGAAAUGUAUUAGCAAAGAUAUAGUGUACUAAUUGUACAAGAUAUCGUUUUAUCGUGCACAUUUUGUUGUAGUGUAAAGACUAACUAUAGAAAGUGUAAGCUUUGCCUUCUUUGUUAAAUCUAUAGUUUUUUGCUCUUUUA